AUGGCAACUAGAUGCUUAUGCUUUGCAACAAUAAUGCUUAUUGCAAGUAUAUUAGUGUUAGGAAUUUCAGCUCAAUUUGAAUGUGGUGGUAACAUAAUUGCCAUUAAAACCCAAUGUCAAACUUUCGUUCAAAAGGGUGGGGAAAAGAUUCCACCAUCAGAAUCUUGUUGUGCAGCAAUAAAAGAUGCUAAUGUUUCGUGUUACUGCAAAUAUGUGACUCCUGCUGUUGAGAGUAUGAUCAGCAUAGAAAAGGCUUUGUAUGUGGCAAAAACUUGUCAAGCUCAAAAUAUUCCUACGGAUAAAUGUGGAAGUUAUAUUAUUCCUCAUCCUCCUUCAUCUAAGGCUUGA